UCGGCAUGUUUCAGUUUCAGUCAAGUUGUCGGCUAGAGGAAAUUUUGCAAGUCAUGGUGGGCCAUUCAAAGCAAGAGGGGAGUGACAACGUAGAUAUUUAGGAAAAUUAGAGCUCAGUUAGUUGAAAGUGAAAGUACUCUGAGUGAUUUGUCAGCAAACCGUUCCAGAAAACAUGUCAGGGCCCGCCUCCGCUAUUGGCUGUAAAUCGUAGAGAGCAUGAGUGACAGACUUCUUAACCAAUCAGCGGCUGUUGCGCCACUUGUUGCCAACGGGGCUGCUGGGCUCAGUUAGCGGAAGUGUGAGAGGUCAAUACUUCCCGGUGCAUGGACAAGUAAUUUCGUUUAGAUUGUAUGGAUUAACGGGAUGGAUGAGACGACGUGGGUGUGAUUGAGAGGGUGGAUUAAUCAAAAUAUACCUAUAAGGUGGAUAAAAGUUAUUUGGAUGAAAAUACUUCAAGCACAACAAAGAGAAAUACGAUUUAUUUUACCUUCAUCUUCUGUUUUAUUUUAUUAAAAUCAUAUGAUAGUGAAAAGAGAGAGUAGUUUCUUUUUUCCUAAAUCUACUUUGCUUUCUCGUAUAUAAAAAACUGACCAGAACCUAAUUUGGUCUGACGUUUGUUUGCGUGUCAUUUUUGUUUUUGCUUUUUGAGUUUUUCUUUUUUGUUCCUUUGCAAAGAAAUGCUUUACUUGAAAAAGUACUUCACAGAGGGUCUUAUUCAGUUCACUAUCCUUCUGAGUCUAAUUGGGGUACGGGUGGACUUGGACACUUACUUAAAUAAUCAGCUCCCCCCACUUCGUGAGAUCAUCCUGGGCCCCAGCUCGGCCUACACCCAGACGCAGUUCCACAAUCUCCGCAACACCCUGGACGGCUAUGGGAUCCAUCCUAAAAGUGUGGACUUGGACCAUUUUUUCGCCACCCGUCGGUUGCUGAACCAGGUGCGCUCCCUGGAUCAUCUGCGCUUGCCCAGCACCGAGCUGAGCGCCUGGCUGGUGCAUCGUGACCCUGAAACUGUGGUUUCGGCAACCAGCCAGUCCGGCCCCAGCAUUGCCCUGGACAAUGGGGGCAGCCUGGAGGACGUGAACAACUCCGAAGCCUCGGCCAUGAGAGGGGCUGGAGGUGCUACUGAGACCACUUACAGCCCCAGUGGAGAGGACAGUCUGGGAGCUGUGGCCCCUGAGGACAUUCAGGAGCAAGCGGACAGAGAGACCAGUGACGAUCUCUCCAAAGAGGACAUUGACCUCAUAGACAUCCUUUGGAGGCAGGAUAUUGACCUUGGUGCUGGACGAGAAGUAUUUAACUAUAGCAGUCGGCAGAAAGACAGUAAGGCUGGUAAACCUAAUGAAGAGAACGAAGAGGCAGGUGGAAGAGAGGAAAACUGGAGAAACGGACUUUAUCUACAAGCAGUGCAGAGCCUAACGCAUGUUGAUGGAGAGACAGGAGAGAGCAUACCUGAAGAGCUAACCAGUCUCGGUGCUCAGACCUCAUUAUCCCUGCAGGAAUGUCUGAGGCUUCUGGAGGCUACCUUUCCAUUUGGAGAAGAGUCAGAGUUCCAGAACUCUAGUUCCACCUCACAGCUGACAGCUCCAACCGAGGAAACUCCAUCUACAUCACAGGGGCUCCCCAUACAAGCCCCUAUAUCCCAGUCUGAUACACCACUAGACCUGGAACAGCAGUGGCAGGACAUUAUGUCUAUAAUGGAAUUGCAGGACAUGGAGGUGAACAACACUGCAGUAAACGUCACCACGAAUAAUGACUCCAAUAACAACAAUGCAAGCACCACAGAAUCAGCCACAAGUUUUGGUGUCCUACCAUCCAGUCUCAUUAACCAGGAUGUUAGCCUCCACCAGGCGUCACUUCCCAGCUGCAGCCAGGACUUCCCUACACUCUUCAACCCUGAGCUGGAUUCCACUGAGGGCCAGCGACCUACCUUAGUCAGGCUCUCUUCCAGCAACUCCUCCAACAUCAACUCAACAUUUGGAACUACUAACUUGACUGGACUUUUCUAUACACCACCUCUAAACAGUUCAACCAACCUAUCCACCACUCCUGUGCUGCCCGACCCUUUUACCAGUCUGCUUGAAGAGUCCAUGCUAGAUGAAAUUAGCCUGCUAGACCUCGCAAUGGAAGAAGGCUUUAGCCAAGCCCAGGCUUCUCAGCUUGAGGACGAGCUCGAUUCAGACUCCGGUCUUUCAUUAGACUCCAGCCAUAGCCCGGCCUCCCCCAGCAAUUCGGAAACUUCAUGUUCAUCUGCCGCGUCGUCCUCGUCCACCUCCGCAACGUUCUCAGAGGAAGGAGCUGUGGGGUACAGCACAGAUUCAGAGGCAGCCACAGUCGAAGCAGAGGAAGGAGCCGUCGGAGGCUGUCAGCCAGAGUACAGCAAAUUGUGCCGCAUGAGCUACCAAGAUCCCUCUCAGUUUCACGGCAUACCGCAAUUGGAAAGUGUCAAUCACAACCACACUUAUAAUCUGCCACUGGCAUCUCCCUAUUCCGAACACUCCCAGCUGUCUGCGUCCAGCAGCAAGAAAGGUAGAGACAAGCAAAUACAGCAGACGAAGCUCCAGCCACCGCAGGACUUCAUAGACAGGCAGACAAGCCGCGACGAACGUAGGGCAAGAGCCAUGGACAUCCCAUUCUCCAAUGAGAAAAUCAUAAACCUACCCGUUGAGGAGUUCAAUGAGCUUCUAGCCAAACAUAAUCUCAACGAGGAACAGCUUUCCCUUAUCCGUGACAUCCGCCGUCGUGGCAAAAACAAAAUGGCUGCACAGAACUGCCGCAAACGCAAGCUAGACACCAUCCUCAACCUCGAGCAGGGUGUGCAGGAUAUGCGACGUGAUAAAGCUCGGCUGCUGAAGGAGAGGAUGGAGUUCAUUAAGUGCAUCAGACAGAUGAAGCAGAAGGUUCAGAACCUUUACCAGGAAGUGUUUGCACAGCUGCGGGACGAGGAGGGCAGACCCUACUCUGCCAGCGAGUACUCGCUGCAGUACGGCCCUGACGGCAGCGUUCUUCUCAUGCCUCGUAGCAUGACAACAGAACAAGGACACAAGCCUGAGAAGAAGCAGAAGGACAAAAAGAAGUGAGGAGCUUGAACUGCUGCCCUUUUAUUUUCCGCAAAGGCACUACCAUAAAAAGUAUUUUAAAAGGCAAAGGACGCCUUUUUCUUUGACGAGAUUCUAGCAAGGAGAAGAAAAUUGCAUCAUUGAUUACUCUUCCUGCAUUGGGUUUUCUUUGUUCUUUUUUCGGUUCAGAAGUUUUUUCCUGAACGCGGCAUUAAAGCAGAUAUGCUUUGAGUAGUUCAGAUUUUUCAUCGAUGCACACGUAAUGAGAAGGAUACUUUCAGAUGAACUGAAAGACUGGUGAAGAAGGCGUCCCUCACAAGAUGCUCUUGGAAGAACUGAUUUGAGGCUCAUUAAUGGUCCUAAAAAUGUAGUCAAUGAAAUGCAGUUUUAGCAUUGGCCCAGCACUGGCGGUGUUUGUUAAUACCCCGGGUUUACGUUUGUGAAUGAGGAAGAACCCCUUGAUGCUAAGAGCUGGAAGGAAAGGCUGUGCUAGAAGUAUUGAGAAACCCAAAGAAAAUACAGGCAUGCCAAUACUAACUAAAGGUUGUGUUGUGCGAUUCUCUUGUUCCCAUAACAAAAUCAUACUGGUCUCUCUGUGGAUUUUAAUUCACAUGUCACGUCAAUUAGGGACAAUUUCUGUCACUGGACAGAAGUUUCACCUGAAAUGUCUCAAUCCCAUUUGCCAAGGAACUGAGAUGAAGGGGAAAAGAGAGUGUUUGGAUUUAUCUUUGAGGUUUGUGGAAUUGCAUUGUAUUAUAGAGGUACAGAUGGAGGAUGGCUGCACACUGCAUUACUAAUAAAUCAGCUUCUGUACCCUCUUCUGCACUGUAAAUCAACACUGUAGUUUGCCUAUAAUAAGCUUCUGGUCUUCAGCUUUUUCCUCUACUGCUGGGGAAAGGGUGUCUUAGUCCCUCAGUCAGCUUUAAACGCUACUAUCCCAUGUGCAUAAACUUUUGAAUGAGCCAUCAGACCUGGACACCUGAUUGGCAUAAAUGCAGAUUGCUCCUGAAUUAUGUGAUCAAGUCUGGUGUGUCUUGGUAUACAGGAUUACAAACCAUUCAUGUUUAGCCUUGGUUGCAGGGCAUAAUGCUUUGUUUCUUCAGCAAUUUACGCUAGUUCGUUCUGUUGUAGGAGUUUGUUGGGAGGACACAUUUUAUGGAGAGGCUUUUUGUUUCAGUUGUAUGUCACCUGGAAAAUAAUAAAAAUGCACACUGAAAUUUCAUAGUAGCAGACAUUUAGAGGUUUAAUUCUCUUUUGCUGGGCGAAUGUUAAACAUUUGACGUGAACCUCUGUCCCAGAAUUCUUUACUUCAUUAAACACUACUUUCACACAACCUUUAUUGGCAUUUAAGUCAGAAUGGUUUGCCAAUAACCAUCUAGAUUACGUUUUACCACAGCCUAAGAAUAUAGCUGACCUGACGUAUCAUUUAAUUACAGAAUGGGAUUAAGAAACAGUAAUACUGAUGUGAAUGUCUAAUCUACAUUAUGUUCGUCUUCAUUCGGUCUCUGUCGCUUCCAUCUACACUGUUCACAUAGUACCAAGUACCAUGUGACACAAUCAGUGUCUGGUUUGGUGCAACAUAAAUAAAUAUGCAAGAAAAAAGUAAUUUUUGUCUCAACUUGGUAAGAGACAAUCUUUAUGUUACUGGUUACAAACAAUUAGUGUAGAUGGGAUAGAGACAAUGGUAAAAAAAGAGUGGUUCAUUAGAUGAGUAUACGUAUUAUAAUGUCAUAACUACUUGUCAUCAUUAAGCACUGUUCUUUUUGUCCGUCUUGUUUGUUUUGUAAAUAUUUUUAUGUUCUGUACGUCUCGUCCCAAUUGCUUGGUUAAACCAGGCCUUUUUGCACCUUCUUUGAAUUUGCCUGUUCAGAUUUAUUCAUGUUUGAUUCACAUUAAGAGAUUUGCUGGCAAUCUGGAAUUGUUAUUUUGUUAAUUAAUAAACUUUUGUUUCAUUUA